CACAGAAGAAAUAAGGAAUUUCCUAAAUGUUUACUGUAAAGAGAGGACUGAAGCAGGGUUCAUUCCCAUAGAAGAUCCGUCGAUGUCUGCCUUUUAUGAUGCCCUCUGCACUGGAAUGGAUUGGACUGAAGUUUCCAAUGACGUAGACGAUGAUUUGGGUCCACCAAAUGGCACGGAGCAAGAGUCGGAGUCUGAACCUGAGGCUGAGAAUGGAAGAAGGGCUUCAACUUCUAGGCCUAGACGACGUGAUAUGGCAGUUCAGAGGCAGAGAGUACCAAGGAUGACAUUGAGUGAUUUGAGCGGUGUCUUCCAUUUGACUAUUAGUGCUGCAGCGGUCAAACUGGACGUAGGUGACUCUACCGUGAAGAGUAUCUGCCGCAGAGGAAAAUUGAAAAGAUGGCCCCAAAGAAAGGUGCAAAGCCUUGCCAAGAAGGUCAGAGUACUCGAAAGAGCAUUGAAUUCGCCAGAUCCAGGGGUGAAGCGAAGAACUCUAGAUGAAAUCCGAAGACUUCAGCAAGAAAUAAUUGAGAAUUGUGGUGGAAUUACCCCAACCGGAAUACCGAUGCUCCAAUUCGAUGAAGAAUGAUGGAGAGAGGAGACUAUAAUAUAAACUAUGUUAUUCGAAUUAAGUUUUCCUUUAUUUCGUACGAACGUCUACAUUGUUGCUUUGUGGCGGGUUAUUAGAUUUCUUUUGAUCAUUUUGUU